CAAGAACAAGAACACGAACACACAUCCUCUGCUCUACACUCAUCAUGAUCGUCAAGGCUGCUGCUGUGCAGGCGUCCCCCGUCUCGUUCGACCUCGUCAAGUCUGUCGACAAGGUUGCGCGCCUCGUCGCUGAGGCGGCGGGGAAUGGCGCCCAGCUGAUCGUGCUGCCUGAGGCAUUCCUCAGCGCCUACCCCCGUCACUUCAGCUUCUCGGUCGGAUACCGCACGGAAGACAACCGCCAGUGGUACAAGAAAUAUGUCGAAUCCGCCGUCAAGAUCCCCGAGGACGCGCUGACGCACGACUGGGCCACGUCGGCGCCGGAGCAGGCUGAGGGCGACGACUUCUGGGCUUUCGCCCGUCUCUGCGCAAUCGCCAAGGAGCACGGCGUGUUCCUCAGCGUCGGCAUCAUCGAACGCAGCCUGAUCGGGAGCACCGUGUGGUGCUGCAACGUCGUGUUCGGACCCGACGGGCGGCUGCUCAGCAAGCACCGCAAGCUCAAGCCCACGGGUGCUGAGCGCAUGAUCUGGCAUGAGGGCGAUGAUCUGAACCCGGCGCGCGACGCCUCCGGUGCCGUGGUGGAGGGCACCGAUAACAUGCCCGUUGUUCCUACUGCGAUCGGGCGCAUCGGCGGGGUGAUUUGCUGGGAGAACUACAUGCCCCUUGCGCGCUACGUGCUCUACAAGAAGGGCGUGGAGCUGUAUCUCGCGCCGACCGCCGACGGGCGCCCUACGUGGCUGCCCAGCAUGCAGCAUGUCGCGCAGGAGGGGCGCUGCUUCGUCGUCACCGCCAACCAGUACCAGGAGGCGAGCGACUUCCCUGCCGACUACCCUGCGCCGGCGGACGCCGACAAGGUCUGGUGUCGCGGGGGCAGCGCGAUCGUCGACCCGCUCGGCAACGUCCUCGCCGGCCCGCUUUGGGACGAGGAGGGCAUCGUAUAUGCUGACCUUGACAUGGGCCGCAUCCAUGCGACCAAGGUCGACUUUGACCCCGUCGGGCACUACUCGCGCGAGCCGCUGCUCAAGCAGAUGCUCGACAAGCUGUGGUAG